CAUCCCGAACUUGGUGGUUAAACUCUACUGCGGUGACGAUACUGUAGGGGAGGUCCUGCGGAAAAAUAGCUCGACGCCAGGAUGAUAAAAAGCUUAACACCUCUCAUUCUUAUUACUUUUUCAAUAUGAAAAAGUAAUAAGAAUGAAAAGGUCGUCUUAUUCAAAAACCCAAUUAUGACAUUCCUUCUCUCCCACUUCACACCUCGGAAUGCACCGUUCUUAUUCUUAUAGAGUAGAGAGAAACGCGCUUUCACACCUUCGUAACCCGAAAUGGCUGGGGAGAGGAAAGGUUCCUUUUUUUGAGGAUACCCCCGGAAACAGAUCCAGUGGAGGCGGGGUGGGGCCUGUAGCUCAGAGGAUUAGAGCACGUGGCUACGAACCACGGUGUCGGGGGUUCGAAUCCCUCCUCGCCCACAACCGACCCCAAAGGGAAGGACCUUUCCCCUUUGGGAGUAGGAAAAUCAUGAUCGGGAUAGAGAACCCAAAGCUAUGGAACUUGGGUGUGGGUCUUUUGUCGAAGUGGAAUGGGCCUUACUUUUUUUUUAUUACGUGUUAUCGUGAAUGGACUUAUACUUACAUAUAGUAUGCCCAGACCACCAGCAUAUUUUUUUUGUUUAUAGCAAAAAUGCGUUCCUCAUCAUGUCAUUAAUAUGUUUUAUGUUUGCUCGCGGUAAUUGUAGCCUCUCGGGAGAAUCAAUGACUGCAUCUUUGAUGCACUGCUAGUACAUCCGAGAAUUCUUAAUUGGCUAGUUGUAAAUAGCCCCAGGACUAUGGAACAAAAGAUUCUCCCGGACCUACACCGAGGUAUUGACGGAGAUUUUCAAAUAGCGCCGAACAGAAUGAGAAUGUGAUACGACGAGAUAGAAAAAAAGACAGGGAAGGGGUCACACACUUACUCUUAACGGUCAAAGCGAGCCCCUUCGUUCUGAAUUAAAGAAUGAAGAAUGAAUCCAAUCUCCCCAAGUAGGAUUCGAACCUACGACCAAUCGGUUAACAGCCGACCGCUCUACCACUGAGCUACUGAGGAACAACGGGAGACUCGAUCUCAUACAGUUCAAUUCCCGUUCUCAACCCAUGACCAAUACGAGCUCGAAACUUCUUUCGUAACUCCCGUAACUUCUUCGUAGUGGCUCCCUUCCAUGCCUCAUUUCAUAGGGAACCUCAAAGUGGCUCUAUUUCAUUAUAUUCCAUCUAUAUCCCAAUUCCAUUCAUUUAAUAUCUCUUUGGUGUCAUCGACAUAAGAGAUGUCGUUUCUAGUCUAUCUCUUUCUAUUUCUAUAUUUAUAUAUGGAAAGUUAAAGUUAAAAAAUCAUCAUAUAAUAAUCCAGAAAUUGCAAUACAAACGAAAAAGGGAGGUUUGUGAUGAUUUUUCAAUCUUUUCUACUAGGUAAUCUAGUAUCCUUAGGCAUGAAGAUAAUCAAUUCGGUCGUUGUGGUCGGACUCUAUUAUGGAUUUCUGACCACAUUCUCCAUAGGGCCCUCUUAUCUCUUCCUUCUCCGAUCUCAGGUUAUGGAAGAAGGAGAAGAAGGAACCGAGAAGAAGGUAUCAGCAACAACUGGUUUUAUUAUGGGACAGCUCAUGAUGUUCAUAUCGAUCUAUUAUACGCCUCUGCAUCUAGCAUUGGGUAGACCUCAUACAAUAACUGUCCUAGCUCUACCCUAUCUUUUGUUUCAUUUCUUCUGGAACAAUCACAAACACUUUUUUGAUUAUGGAUCUACUAGCAGAAAUUCAAUGCGUAAUCUCAGCAUUCAAUGUGUAUUCCUGAAUAAUCUCAUUUUUCAAUUAUUCAACUAUUUCAUUUUACCAAGUUCAACGUUAGCCAGAUUAGUCAACAUUUAUAUGUUUCGAUGCAACAACAAGAUGUUAUUUGUAACAAGUAGUUUUGUUGGUUGGUUAAUUGGUCACAUUUUAUUCAUGAAAUGGGUUGGAUUGGUAUUAGUCUGGAUACAGCAAAAUCCUUCUAUUCGAUCUAAUAAGUACCUUGUGUCAGAAUUGAGAAAUUCUAUGGCUCGAAUCUUUAGUAUUCUCUUCUUUAUUACCUGUGUCUACUAUUUAGGCAGAAUGCCGUCACCUAUUUUUACUAAAAAACUGAAAGAAACCCCAGAAACGAAAGAAAGUGAGGAAGAAACAGAACAGGAAGAAGAGGGAUUCACCGAAGAAGAUCCUUCUCCUUCCCUUUUUUCGGAAGAAAAGGAGGAUCCGGACAAAAUCCAAAUCGAUGAAAUGGAAAAGAUCCGAGUGAAUGGAAAGGACAAAACAAAGGAUGAAUUCCACUUGCACUUAAAAGAAGCAUGCUAUAAAAAUAGCCCAACUUCGUUAGAAAUACUUAAAGAAGAAAAGAAAAACUUCUUCGGGUUUGAAAAAUCCCUUCUUUUUCUUCUUUUCGACUAUAAACGUUGGAAUCGUCCAACGCGAUAUAUAAAAAACAAUCGAUUUGAAAAUGCGGUAAGAAAUGAAAUGUCACAAUAUUUUUUUUAUACAUGUCAAAAUGAUGGAAAACAAAGAAUUUCUUUUACAUAUCCACCCAGUUUAUCAAUUUUCUGGGAAAUGAUACAAAGAAAGAUUUCUUGGGAUACAACAGAAAAAUUCUUAUAUGAUGAUGAACUAUCCAAUAAUUGGAUUUCUACAAAUGAACAAAAAAGAAACAGUUUAAGCAAUGAAUUAAAUAAUAGAAUUACGGUUCUAGACAAAGACAUUUUUUAUAUAGAUGUACUCGAUAAAAAAACAAGAUUAUGCUUAGAAAACAAAAUAGUAAAUUAAUAAAAAAAUGGAUACAUAGAAUAAAUACCAAAAAAGAUACGAGGAGAUUCGACCCCCUC